ACAGACUAACAUUCGGUGAUAUGGCCGAAUGACAGUUACAACCUGUCAAACUGUCAUUAUUUCUCUUGAAAAUUUGCUUUCCUUCGCGUUAGACAAGCGAAUUUGACGAAAUGGCCAAGUCAAAGAACCACACAAACCACAACCAAAGCCGCAAAGCGCACAGAAAUGGCAUCAAGAAGCCCACCAAGUUCAGGUGCGAAUCUACCCUUGGUAUGGACCCUAAAUUCCUGAGGAACCAGAGGUUUUGCAAGAAGAACAACCUGAAGCCCGCCAAGCAGCUGCAGAGGGCGGCAGAGAGGAAAGCCACCCGCGAGGCCAAGGCCAAGAAAUGAACAUCUAGCAGUUAAGACAAUAAAAACUAAAAACUUCUAA